ACAGCAAGCACCAGUCGGCAGACCUCACGUUCGUGAAAUCGUCUUGAGGUAUUUGUCUAGACUUGCAGUGGCCUCUGGGGUUUUCGAGCAGAUUGUGAAGAUGUUUGACGUCAAGAAGUUCGGUCUGCUGUUUGUAUCGCUCGCUCUCUUCUAUACGGCGGUGCAGUCUCAAACAGGUACUUGCAUGUGGAGCGGCUCCAUAUAUGUAGAUGGGAGAUGUUUUAAGCUCAACACAACAGCUGUCACCUGGGCUAAAGCAAAGUCGUCUUGUGUGGCUAUCGGUGGAGCUCUCGCCACAAUCACGACACAGAACCAGCUUAACGUCUUGGUCCCAACCUUCGGAACUAACUACUAUGUCUGGUGUGGCGCCAACGAUAUUGCUGUGGAGGGCACCUUCGUGUGGGCCGAAGACAACAGCACAGCCACGCAGAUCUCGGCCAACCUCCUGUGGGACGACUACUGCCCCUGGCCAGUCUACCCUAACGCCUACGACUGUGUGGAAAUUGACGGCGUCACCAAGAAACUCUAUGACGACUACUGCACCUACACCUACCCCUUCUUGUGUAUGGAACCACUGCCGACUACGACCACAAGUACAACUACCACAACAACUACAACUACAACUACACCACCAACAACUACUACAACUACGACCCCAACAACCACUACAACUACACCAACAACAACUACCACACCUACUACCACCACAACUAAACCAACAACUACAACAUCGACCACUACCACAACUACAACACCUACAACCACUACAACUAAACCAACAACUACAACAGCAGCACCAACUACAGCAGCAGCACCAACUUCAACUUUAGCGCCAUCUACAAGUGCAGCACCAACCUCAACUGCAGCACCAACCUCAACUGCAGCACCAACUACAGCAGCAGCACCAACGACGACGAAGCCAACGACUGCUUCAACAUCAGGUUCAGCUAGCACCACAAAAGCAUCAACCUCAGCCUCAAACAGCAGCACCACCAAGCCUACCAGCACCACAACCAAGGCGACCAGCACCACCAAACCAACAACGACCACCACGACGACCACCGUGGCGGCUGGAAACUCAGCAGCCGUGUCCACGAUGGUCAAUUUCCUCCUCUUGAUCGCCCUCCCUGCCCUUGCUUCCCUGGUGUUCGCGGCCACGCCCUAGUUUCACCUAUCCCCCCCCCCCACACACACACACCUGGCGAUACAUACUACCUGAUAUUUUAGUUGAAUCUUAGUCAAAGCUUAAUUCGAAGUUGUUUUUUUUUUUUAAUUUAUAAACGUGUGAGUUUGCAAAAAUGUAUUAGCGAUUUAAAUCUCUAAAAGCACAAACUUUGAGGCAACUUUAGUUUGAAUUUUGUUGGAGUGAAACUUAAGAAGUAACACCCAGAGAUGGACGUGUUAGCUUUAUUUUAGAUACAAGUCUUCUCUAUGUGAGCUAAUGCACUUGAAUUUCAUCAAUAAUUUACUUUUUUAUUUCUAAUAUAUACUUUUUAAAAGAACUUAAGAAACUAAAAGUUAAAUGUAGUUUGAUAUCAUUGUCAAUAUGAAGAAUUUAAUUCCUUGUAUUAACUAAUAAUAUAAAUAUUUACAAAUUUGUAUUCAAGUAGAUCAUAGAUUUGUGUUUUACCGGUAGAUAGAGGUGUAAAAAGAUACACACACACAUACACACAAACACACACACACACACUUAUACACAAACUUUAGCUUGGCGCAACUUUUUUUUUUUUAUUUUUUUU